CGCAGUGAUCCAUGUGACAGAGAAGGAACGUGACAAAAGGUGGCGGAGGGUGACGCCGCCACCACCGCGAUCGGAGCGUGAGUGUUUGCCCGGGCGAGCCGGGUGUCUGGUGCGAUACGUGCGCUCUUCUCUCGCUCACAUUCCACGUACGUACAUACAUAUCCGUACGUCUCGAGAUCGCGAUACAUGGUAAACGGAGAAGGAAGAGAGACUCUCGCCUCGCGUCGUGGAAGCGCGUCUCCCGCUCGAUUCUCUCGUGACAUUUCGCGCUCGCGGGGAAGAGAGACCCGGACGGGGAAGGACGAUCGCGGAAUGUGCGAAUUUACCGAGUGAGCGACUAUAUACAUGACGACGACGACGACGACGACGACGAGGACGGUCGACCGAGCGACGACGACGACCGAAAAGCAAGAGUUCCGCGAUACUUGUCUUACACGCCCAGCGGGACUGCUGCGUCACAUGGGCCGCGCUCAUUCGUCGAUACAGCCAGAUGACGUCACGAGCCGCGCGACUAUUGGCCUGCGAUACGGUGCCCGGACACGUGAAUCGUGGCCGAGCAAGCAUGGCAGUUUGAUGCGCAGUGGUUUUCAGCACUUGUAAAAUGCCACCGCCACGCGCCAGAUCGAUCAGGUUAUAACCCGCGUUUCGCCGCGCGCUCCGAAACGGUCGGUUCGUCGCGCGGACGUGAUCGCGGGCAUUUCCCUUCGCGUUGCUUCGCGGCAGCGGCUUCGUCAGCUGCUCGUACGAUUCGAUCCGUUCCGAGCCUAAGCGAAUCACGCGCGCUCCUGGAUGACAAAUAACGAAAACGUGCUCGGUCCAGGCACACGAGGAAGAAAGGAGAGUGAGUGAGACUUUGAAAAAAAAAGUGGGGAAACGAUUAUCGCCUGCUAGCUGCUGUGUACACUUUUAUCCGGUCAGUGUGCGAAUCACGGGGAACUUGUGCAUCCGGAUACAACGUUGUUCUAAUACAUUGUCAGACGCGGCGGACAGCGACAGGGAGAGAGCGGUGAGGGAAGCGUGGGUCGGGCUUACGACUUAGUCUUGCCAAUUCAUCGCCGGCGUCUGGAACCGGCGGCGGCUGCGGCGUCGGCGGCCGCCGUAACGCCGGCGGUUCGAUGCGGCGGAAUCAGCACGAGCAUUCGACGAGCGUUUGCGAGCAAGUCAGAGAGCCGGCGCAACAGCAGCAGAACCGUCACCACCUCCACCAUCACCACCAUAACAACAACAACAACAACAGUCAUCACAACCACAAUCAUCGCGCCCCCCUCCCUUCCACGUCCGUCGCGAGGGAACAGCACAUCGGCCACAGAAUGAGUCUGGAAACAUUGUUGCAAGCGGCCUAUUAUGUCGAACAGGAGGAGAAGAAGCGGGAGCGUCUUGCGAGUACUUCCUCCUCCUCCUCUUCCUCGGAUCAGCACUCGUUUGUGUCCGCGCCGCCCCACUCUAACCACACUUACGCCUCUUCUGAGCCACGUGGUGCUAAAUUUAAAAAAGAACGCACAGAGCCAGAUGAUCUCUUUUGUGAGGAGAAAAUGCUGAUUAUCGAUGAGGAGGAACCAUUGGAAAACAGCAGGACGAGUCAAUCGAUUGCAACACGAGAGAAUUCUGUGGUCUCUGGUACGCGAGUCACUGUGCCGUUAUCAACUGGAUCGAAUCCUGUUCAGCUGACUGCGCUUCACUCCACCUCUCAUCAUCAUCAUCAUCACCAUCACCAUCACCAUCAUCAUCAUUCGCAACAGCUGCAACAGCAACAACAACAACAACAGCAACAACAACAGCAGCAUAAUCACAGUGAUCAUCAUAAUACACACAAUCACUAUGUGGAGAAUCAUAAUCCGAAUCAAUCUCAGCAAAGUGUGGGCAACCUCGUGGUCGAUGUUGAAACGAAUCACGAAAAUAAAAAACAUCGGACUGGACCGUGCGUGAUCCGAUCUGGUACGAGGGAGGUACACAACAAGUUGGAGAAGAAUCGUAGGGCACAUCUCAAAGAAUGUUUUGAGCUUUUGAAGAAGCAGCUACCAUUGCAAGAUGAGAAGAAAUCUUCGAAUCUCUCUAUUCUUCAUGCGGCGAAUAAAUAUAUACGGACAUUAACGAAGAAAGACCAAGAUUAUGAGCACGAGAUGGAGAGACUCGCAAGAGAGAAAAUCGCGGCUCAACAAAAGUUAAUGGCAUUGAAGAAGGAACUCAAUGCGACUUGGGAUCAUAUCGACAUCAAUUCUCUUCUUCUGGAACAGAAUUCAGUGACGGACAUGACAACCGCCAAAAAUGAAAGUAUAGAAGUGGAUGUUGCCGGACUCCCACGAGGUGGUACGAGAUAUAGUAGCACAAGCAGUCUAAACAGCGUAACAACAGCUAGCUCACCGCAAACAUUGCAAUCCACUAGUACGACUUCCAAUAUGCAUAAUCAAGCCGCAAAUUCGGGUGCUGUCUGUCAAACGCAAGAUAUAAAUCUCGCACGAAGUUCCAGAGAAAGUCCGCCUGCAAAUUCGAUGCCUAGUGCAGCACCUACAUCUAGCAUUUCUGCUCCACAGGAAAAAGUUGCUACAUCCACAGCUAGUAUAGUGCAGCAAUCACAUCAGCUACAUCUGCCUAUCAGCGCCCAAAUGUUGAACACGAGUCAGGGUCUUGCAACUAUUGUACCGACUUUACAGCACAUCGGACCGGGGCUUAGGGUAGUGCCAAGUGAUACACGGCAGCUUUUGGUCGCUCAUACCACCGGCAAUAACGAACCUAGAUCGCUAACAUUAGCAGUUCAAAACUCCGCAGAUCAAUCUAGGCCACCGUUGAUCGCAGUACAAUCAAAUGCUGGAAAUGAGCCAAGGCCCGUGGCAUUGGUCGUUCAUUCGUCCACCGCCAAUGACAACAGAGUGACAUUUGUGCACUCUAAUCUGUCCAACAAUGACAGGCCACUGGCUUUGGCCAUGCAAUCGUCCGCGAGUGAUGUUAGACCUGUCACAUUCGUGCAUUCGGGGAAUGAAGGCCGACCAUUGGUCCUCGCUACGCAUUCUCCUGCGCUGAAUGUGUCAAAUACUCAAACGAGAAUAAGAACGGGUGACGCACAGACUACACAUAAAAUGGUUAGUGGCGUAACGCUGGUCGGGGGCAAUGGCUCGGAAUUAGCAAGACUUCCCGGUGGUGCGGAAUUGAAUAUACUUCCAGCAAAUGGAUUAACUUUAAGUCACGCAGGAGUGUCGCUUCAAACUACUGCGGGCAAAUCAGGCUCGACAAUGAUGCAGAACGCUUCGUCCACAGAAAGUAUAGCUCAUAUCGUCGGUCAACACACGCCUCUUUCCGGUUUGACUCCGAUCGUUACGCCGAUGACAGUUGUUUCUCAGGGUAAUCAGGUGACCGCUCACAUACUAGCACCGUCUAGCCUGGCGGGGAAGAUGAUUACCACUCCGAUCCUCAAGUCUGUAGGACAGAUGCCGCUCGUAAAUGCUCAGUACCUUAACACCACGACUUUAGUGAAACCUGUUGUUGUGGUAAGCUCGUCAACAUCAACGCUACCGUCGACAACGGCUUCCAGUACACAACCUCCGUCAACUUCAAACUCGACUGUCUGACGAUAUCAAGGAAAAACAAAAUUAAUCUGAUCGUGUUGGAAUAUUAAACUAUGGAUUGUCGAAAUUUUUGAUAAUCAGAAUUUUUAUGUUCUAAAGUAAAUAUAUUUUUUGUUAUUUGUUGAAAUUACGUAUUAACAAAAUUAGACACAAUAAAUGACCUAAAAUUAUAACUAUUGAGAUAAAAAAUGAGGUAAUUAAAGAAUCUUGAGCGGAAAAAGCCUUUAUCCAUUGUGCUAUUCCUAAUAUCGAAAUAGCCUUGCAUUUUAAAACUUUAAUUAUGUGAGGAUUGAAUUCAAGAUUUGAACUUUUCCGAAGAAGAAAUCGACUGAGAAAGUGUGAGAAAAAGACCUUGCUCAACUCAUGCAAUGUAUAUUUGUACAGUACCUUAGUUUUGUUAGGCAAAUUAGAUUAUUACAUAAAUUAAUAAAGUUCAAAGGGCUAAUUUAUGGCCAUAGUCCAAGUGUCCACAAUAAAAAAGCUUAUUACAGCAUGUUGAUAAAUUAACGCUUUUAAAACUCUUGGUCUCUAUAUUG